AAGAAAAAAAAACAUUUUUAUUUUUUACUGGACUCUGCAGGAAGGAAGGGUGCAAUAACGUAAGGACAUGUAAUACAUAAUCACACUGAUCAAAACCAGGGAAAGAUAAACGUGGUACAAAAUGCGGCUUUCUAGGUGCAGAGGUCGCGUCCAGGAGCACGUGCUGCUGUUAGGACCACAGGACACGUAGUACAUGGAGAGGAGACCCCCCCCCAGUGCUAGCCCAGCCUUUACACUACUCGGAAAGACCCCCUCAUCAUGGCCCUCCACCACUGCGCCUGCGCUAUCUGCGUCCCGGCACCGCCUUACAUCAAUAUCCCUCCGCCAGCUGCUUCUUUUCGUAAAUUAAAAUUCGGCCCUCACAACUAAUAACGUCACCUUUCAACUGUCUAAAAAAAAUAACACGUUUAAUAAACCGGCCAAACGCCAUAACCGUGACCCAGUUCAUUGCACUAUAGCGAAGCUGCAUCCACGACGUGAGCGGAGGUGAUGCGGCCCUAUAGAGAUCACUGUACACAUCCGCGCACAACGCGGGGGACUUUUCUUCGGGGAUUUUCGGCGCCGAUGAGAUUGCAUUUGAAGUAAACCGGGUCGGUUGAGUGAGAAGCCCCUCAGCCGGAAGUUCAGCAGCCAGGAGCGGGGUGGGCGGCAUAGCCACGGUGAGCACGGUAAGCAGAGGGAGCGCAUUUCUGUCGGGUUACCGAAUCUUUUCCAGGUCAGUGUUGGGUGUCGGACCCUACCGGAUGUGGAAGUUGAUCUCUUCUGUGGUAAAAAAUAAUUCAACUUCCCCCGGAACCCAGAUCAUCCGAACGAUUUCCUGUUUAUUGCGUUAAAGUCGGCAGGUUUCCGGGGACCCGGGGCUGUGCAGUGUGAAUCCCGGGCUACGGGGACCGCGCGGCGGGAACGGCCGUGCUGGCACAUAUGAACAUGGGACCAACACAGAUGCCUUCAGCUGCCAAGAUGUCCCUGGUAGAUUUGGGGAAGAAACUUUUAGAAGCUGCUCGAUCUGGUCAAGAUGAUGAAGUCCGUAUUUUAAUGGCAAAUGGAGCACCUUUUACUACAGAUUGGCUUGGAACAUCUCCACUCCAUCUAGCUGCCCAGUAUGGCCAUUAUUCCACAACUGAAGUGCUGCUUAGAGCAGGAGUGAGUAGAGAUGCACGUACAAAAGUUGACAGAACCCCUUUGCACAUGGCUGCUUCAGAAGGACAUGCAAACAUAGUAGAGGUGUUACUCAAGCAUGGUGCUGACAUUAAUGCCAAAGAUAUGUUGAAAAUGACUGCUCUCCACUGGGCGACAGAGCACAAUCAUCAAGAAGUAGUGGAACUGCUAAUAAAGUAUGGGGCCGAUGUACAUAGUCAAAGCAAGUUCUGUAAAACUGCAUUUGAUAUCUCUGUGGAUAAUGGAAAUGAAGAUCUUGCAGAAAUCCUCCAGAUUGCUAUGCAGAACCAAAUUAAUACUAAUCCUGAAAGCCCAGACACUGUAACAAUACAUACAGCAACGCCACAAUUUUUCAUUGGACCGGGGGGAGUAGUCAAUUUAACAGAUGAUAAUGGGAUUUCCUCUACGGUGCAGUUUGGCAAUUCAUCAACCUCUGUCUUGGCUACAUUAGCAGCACUAGCUGAAGCUUCUGCGCCAUUGUCCAAUUCAUCGGAUACACCAGUGGUGGCUACAGAAGAGGUUGUAACUGCUGAGUCCGUUGAUGGCGCAAUUCAACAAGUUGUUAGUUCUGGUGGGCAGCAAGUCAUCACAAUAGUGACAGAUGGCAUCCAUCUUGGUAAUCUUCAGUCAUCAAGUGGCAUGGGUCAACCAAUUAUUGUCACAAUGCCAGAUGGUCAACAAGUAUUGACGGUCCCUGCAACUGACAUUGCAGAAGAAACUGUAAUCAGUGAAGAGCCCCCGUCUAAAAGACAGUGCUUUGAGAUCAUUGAAAAUCGUAUGGACUCUGCUGAGAUCGAGAUUCCAGAAACAUCUGGGUCAGAAAUCUAUAUUGUGAAUACUCAAGAGUUCUCUCAGGAAAGAGAAUCCCUUCAGAAGCAACUAGAUGAGGCCAACAGAGAAGCUCAUAAAUACCGCCAGCAGCUGUUCAAAAAAGAACAGGAGGCAGAGGCCUACAGACAGAAGCUAGAAGCCAUGACCAGGCUGCAGACUAAUAAGGAGGUGGUGUAAACAGCUAGUGGACAUAUGGGUUUUCAUAUUUUCAUUCACAAGACGCCCCAAUCUUUUCUGUGUGCUUUCGUGUGCCACAAAUGGGACACGGAUAUCGUGAGAACAGAUCUCCAGCAAGAACACUUAUCCUAAUAGUGCUGGUCUUAAUAAGGUCAACCCUUGUGAAAAGUAUUUAAAAAAUACUGUAAAUAGUUUUUUUGUUUUGUUUUAUUACAAUUAGCAUAUUUGUUGAUUCUGGCUUUUGAAAGCUGCAGAGAAUACCAUGUCAAAGCUUUGACAGCAUUCUGCGUAUAAGAGGGCAGCGACGUACCUCUCUCUCCACUGUGCACCAUCCGCAAAAAUGGGGAAACUCCUCAAAUCUGCAGUGCUUUCUUUAAACAGAUCAACGUGGCCUUUGAGCUUACCAUUUCCUAGUGGAAAUCUUUGUACAGCUUUUCAUUUGUGUCUCCUAUUAUUUGAACCUUUAUUUCUUUUUUUCUACUAAGCAAAAAUUUUAUAUGUUUAACUUCUGAAACAUCCAGGUAGAUUUACAUGUAUAUGAAGCUAAUAUUUUUUGAGAAGAAACUUUUGUACAUAUGAUGCAUGCAUUUUUUCUAUUUCUGCACAUAUCUGGCUGUGCUAUCUCUCAUGAACAGGCAUUUAUCUUUAUAUAUGGAAUUGUCCUUUUCUAUAGACUGAUAAUUGGCUUGUUACAUCUACCAUAGUCCACCAGACUCAAAUUUGGGGAACCUAGCAGGCUACAAAGUGUAAAAUGGCUUCCAUAAAAAAGCUUUUAUUAACACGUACAGAUCAAUGCAGAAGAAGAUAAUGAGAUCUUCAGAUCCUUAAUUGCUAUUUCAUAAGGCAGACAUGUCAAGGAAUUAUUGAAAUGGUGGCUAACUAUCCUUAUUUGAGGAACAGUUCGUUUUGGGCUUCGUGUUCUUAUAAGUCUAGUCUUCAUGUUUACCUAAAACAGGGCAGGUAUUGUGUAGAGUUCUGCUAGGCUUUGGGAUAUGGAAAGCAUAAUUUACAUUUAACCUUUUUUUUAUUUUUUUAUAUUCAUUUAGUAAGUUUAUGUUAUCCUUCUGGCACAUUGUUUCUAUGCACAAAUUACGAACGAAUUUUUUUUUUUUUAAUCAAUCACAUAGAUGUUCUGACUUUAUUCCAAGAAAACAAAAGGAAUGAUAAGUAAAAUAUUCCUGUUAUUACACAGAACUGUCAUUGUACAAUGUAAUUAUGUUAUGGUUUUGUUAAAAUUAAAUAUGCAAUUGUUUCCUUUUUUCAUGAAAAUAAUGUGACAGAGUAUUAAGUACAAUACAAUCAAAAUAUAUAAGGGUAUUAUUUUUACAUGUGGCUAUCUCUUAUUGCAGUUAGCUAUCUGAUGGAAUGAUGGAUACCAGAUUUAUAUCAUAUUUCACAAUACGAAUAACCCAUAUUUAUUGGGUUGAGGAAUUAAAAUCUAAAAUAAAAGUGGAGUAACUUUGGAUAUACUA